AUGAGCUGCAACCGCACCAGGCGUCACCACGUUUACACGGCAUACCCCCAGGUUGCCGAAUCCAACUACCCCGAGGUUGUAACGGCAAACUACCCACAGGCUUUUACUCCUUCGGCAGUGUACCCCGAAUUUAUAGAUUCAAACUACCCCGAGGCCGUUCCCAUCCCGGCAGAGAAGCUAGUCCAGAGCCCCGGUGGACAUCACUACUCGCACCACGAUGGCCUGCUUGCUUCUCAGGCUGGACCUCCACCACCCGAGCCCCUCCCUUUGUGGCGGCGGAGGAGAGCCUGGCUAGUGGCAGUCGUUGUUGGCUUGAUAGUCAUUGGCAUCGUGCUCGGCUGCGUAUUGGGUCUAGUCGUCUUCCGCCGCCCCGGCUCUGGGGAUGCCCCGGCGCCGGCGUCUACAUCACCCUCGACACCCGCAGCCACUAUGCCGUCAGGGACCAGCAGCUGCACCAGCACCGUGUGCGCGGCACAGGCAGUGACCGCCGUCGCGGGCGGCGACGGUCGGGCGCAUCUGUUCGCCCGCGCCCCUGACGGCUCCUGGAAGCAGGUGUCAUCUGUGCCGGGCGGCGGUGGCGACUCGUACGGGAACUGGACGUCGCGCGGCGGGAGCUUCAACGGCCCCCCCGCCGUCCUCGCCUGGACAUCGGCGGCCAGCACGUGGGGCGGCGGCGCGACUGUGUCGCUGUUUGGUGUGUCGCCGUCCAACAAGCGCACCAUGGUCAGGCACGUCGGCCUGGGGUCGCCCAACGGCGGCGUCGACGCGACCCUCUUCGCCGACGUCGGGAUGCCCGACAGCGCCACGACAGAGCCGCCGACGCUGUGCUCGCCGAGCAACGGCCGCGUCGACGUGUGGAUGCGCGCGCCCAACGUGACGCUUAACAAGACGGCGCCGGGCAUGAUCCACAAGCGCAUCGACAACGAGGCUAGCUGGGAGGCGGUCACGUACGAGUGGUCGGGCGCCGGCGACCUGGUCCCCGCGUCGCGCUUCAGCAUCGUCUGCCGCGAUUCGGACGCCUUCCACGAUACGGUCGUAUACGGCAACGGCACCGCCGGGUCCUCGGCCUGGCACCGCCAGUUCAUCCCCUCCAAUUGGGGCAACUGGACCGACAUGGGCGGCGACUACGCGCCCGGCACGGACCCGGUCCUCCUCGAGACCUCGUCGCAGCGCUUCGACUUUUUCGGCCUCGGCAGGGACGCGCGCCUGCACCACUGGAGCUGGUCCGCCGGCUCCGGGUACAGCAAGACCGAGAGCCUGGGCGGCGACACAUUUGCCAGCGUGCCCGCCGUGGCCCUGUCGGGCGCCAAAAAGGACCGGAUAGAGGUCGUCGCGGUGGGCAAGGACGACGGCAGGCUCAAGCAUCUCGGCUUCGCCAUCGACUCCCCGGUGUCGACCCCUAAGUGGGAGGACCUCGGUGCGGUGGCCAACAGCGCGCCGUCGCUCGUAAGGACCGCGGCGGGGGCCGUCCACGCGGUCACGACCGGCGUCGAUGGUUCUGUGUGGUACGCCUCCAGCAGCAAUGGGUGGGAUAAGAUUGCAUGGAAGCCGAUACCAGGGCUGUGA